AAAUGCGACGUUUGGUGCUGCUUCCAUUUUUGUUUGAGCUCUCUCUUUCAUCAACAUUGUCUUCUUCUUCUCCUUCCUCUCCCACUCGAUCGAUCAGAUUCUUCAUCGUUAGAGAGAUCCGAACCUUAAAUCUUAUUCGGAUCAUUUUCGAUCUGAAAGAGCGUGUUUCGGAGUGGUUGGAGAGGCGGGAGUUGGAACGGAGCUCAAUUUUGGCCGGGGAGGAGGUAGAGAGAAGUCAGCGGAGAUGCCGGAGGAGGAGCUGAUUGAUAUCAAAUUUAGGUUGUACGAUGGUUCGGACAUCGGACCGUUCCGGUAUUCGGCAGCGUCUACCGUGGAUUUUCUCAAGCAGAGGGUUGUCUCUGAUUGGCCUAAAGGCAAGUCGGUGGUUCCAAAGGGAAUAAAUGAGGUCAAGUUAAUCAGCUCGGGUAAAAUCCUGGAGAACAACAAGACUGUCGGGCAGUGCAAGACGCCAUUUGGGGACGUCGCAGGCGGAGUAAUCGUGAUGCAUGUUGUUGUACAGCCAUCUCUAACUAAAACUAAAACAGAGAAGAAAGUCGAUAAACCACCCAAGGCGGUUAUCUGCACGUGCACCAUAUUAUGAAAGGGCCGAGACAUGUCGAUCUUUUACCAUCAUCGCAAGUCUUCGGGUACAAAAACAGAACCGACUGUACGUCCAAAUGCAGUGUUCAAUGUGUAGAAUUAGUUUCGGAAGAGUUUCCAAUGUGUUUUCACUUCUCUUUUACCUCCUUUUUUCUUUUUUCUUUUUUCUUUUUAACUGUCGA